UGGCCCUUGUUCAUCUCUUACUUUGAAUCCAUUUUGUUACUCUUACUCAUAUUAUCGUGCCCUCCCUCCCUCUCUCUCUCUCUGUCACUCCCCCUCCCUUUUGCUCUCCGACCCUUCAACGCGAACUCCAGAAGGCACCCCGCAAGCAUCGGUGGCGCCUCUCCCGCGCGCGCCCCAUGAGAAGCCUCCUCAGGGCUUCGCUCCCCCUCGCCGCGAGGCUCCUCCUUUCGCGGAGCCCGUUCGGGAACGGCGCGCCGCCGCGGGCCAUAGGACCGGCGGAACUCGCCGCCGUCUCGUUUCGCCGUCCCUUCGCCAGGUGGGUCUUCACCCACGAGCCCCUUCCUCCCCCCGAAUGGGUCGAGCCCUUCAGCGACGUCUCCGACAUAGCCUCCUCCGCCCCGCAGGACCUCACCCCGUCCCCGUGGGUGGGUCACAUUCUCGAUCUCCUAGACGGGUCCGCGGACAUGGAACCGAAGCUGGACGACUUCUGUCGGAAGUUCUUGAUCAAGCUGUCCCCGAACUUCGUGUCCUUCGUGCUGCGGUCCGGUCAGGUUAAGGGUAGGCCGGACGUCGCCGUUAGGUUCUUCAGGUGGGCUGCUCGGCAGGGGAGGUACGAGCACAGGAUUGAGUGUUACGUGUCUUUGAUCGAGCUUCUCUCGAUAUCUGGGGAUUUGGAUGGAGUGGCGAGUGCCUUUGCGGGGUUGAGGAGCUCGGGGUUCUUGAUGACGGUGUCGGCGGCGAAUUCUCUGAUCAAGAGCUUCGGCAGUGUUGGAAUGGUGGAGGAGUUGUUGUGGGUGUGGAGGAAGAUGAAGGAGAAUGGUAUCGAGCCGAGUUUGUAUACCUACAACUUUUUGUUGAAUGGUUUGGUGGAUUCGAAGUUUGUCGAGUUGGCGGAGCGGGUCUUUGAGGUGAUGGAGAAUGGGAGGAUUGGACCUGAUACCGUGAGCUAUAAUAUAUUGGUGAAAGGAUUUUGCAAGGUGGGUAAGACCCAGAAAGGGAUGGAGAAACUAAGGGAUAUGGAAACGAAGAGCGUGGAGCCGGAUAAGAUCACAUAUUUGACUUUGAUUCAGGCGUGUUAUGGUGAAGGGGAUUUCAAUUCUUGUUUGAGACUUUACCGUGAGAUGGAGGAGAAAGGUUUAGAAAUCCCUCCUCAUGCGUACAGUUUGGUCAUAAGUGGGCUUUCCAAGGAGGGAAAAUGUAUGGAAGCUUAUGCAGUUUAUGCGAGCAUGACUAGAAAUGGAUAUAGAGCGAAUGUUGCAAUCUACACAGCUUUAAUUGAUUCAUAUGCAAAAUGCGGGAGCAUAGAAGAGGCAAUGAGGCUCUUUGAUAGAAUGAAGGAUGAUGGGUUUCACCCGGAUGAGGUCACGUACGGGGCUAUCAUUAACGGGCUGUCCAAAAAUGGGAGGUUGGAGGAGGCACUUGCACACUUUGAGCACUGUCAGAAUAGUGGGGUGACAGUUAAUGCAAUGAUAUAUUCUAGUAUUAUUGAUGGUCUAGGGAAGGCAGGGAGAGUGGAUGAAGCUGAGAAAUUUUUUGAGGAAAUGGCCGAUAAGGGAUAUUCACGGGAUUCAUAUUGCUAUAAUGCCCUGAUGGAUGCAUUUACGAAGUGUGGUAAAAUAAAUGAAGCACUGGCGCUCUUCAGGAAAAUGGAAGAUGAAGGUUGUGAUCAAACAGUUUACACAUUCACGAUACUCAUUGCUGGCCUUUUUGCGGAGCACCAAAAUGAGGAGGCUUUGAAAUUGUGGGACGUGAUGAUUGACAAAGGGAUCACUCCAAAUGCAGCAUCUAUCAGGGCUCUAUCUACUGGACUUUGUCUCUCAGGCAAAGUGGCUAGAGCUUGUAAAAUCUUGGAUGAAUUAGCACCAAUGGGUAUCAUUCCUGAUUCAGCUGUCGAAGAUAUGAUCAAUGUGUUGUGCAAAGCUGGCCGUAUUAAGGAAGCUUGCAGAUUGGCGGAUGGAAUUGUCGUUAGGGGUCGUGAAAUACCGGGAAAAAUACGGACUGUUCUUAUUAAUGCCUUGAGAAAGGCAGGGAACACAGAUUUGGCCUUGAAGUUGAUGCACAGCAAGAUCGGUAUUGGCUAUGACCGAGUCGGCAGCUUUAAAAGAAGAGUUAAAUUCCUGACUCUUGUUGAUAGUUGAGUCUUUGGGAAUUCUCUUGUUGCACUGUAUUUAUUGUCAGUUCUACCGUUUGUCUAUGCAAUAAACUGGGUAAGAUUGUGGAAGAGCUGGAAAAUCCUGGGUUCUCACUCUUAUAGUCUACCUGGGCGUGGUUGAUGAAGUUGUGAUUUCAGAGUCUGUCAGAAGCCCGAUUCUAUUGAUUCUGUACUGGUAAUAGGAGUAGAAAAACUUGAUUGACUACCUUAAGCUCCUUGGUGCCUAUGAUUCUGCAAAGAUGUUUCGAGUGCAUCAAAAGUUCCAAUUCCAGUGGUUGGUGCUUCGAAAUCCGCAGGUCACUUGAUGGAGACUAUUGAGUCUGAGAAUCUGUUGCAUAGAGGCUUUGGCUUUCUCACCUUUAUUGCUGAUAAGGCGGUCGUCGUUGGCAUAUCUAACUUUUUGAGGCUUAUCUAUUUUCUGGAUCAGCAACGCCCUGCCACAAAGGCAAUGUUCUCCCUUCUGCGGACAAACACCUGCCGCAGCCACCCAUUGUACUGGGAGUCCGAGCUUAUUGGUGAGAAUGCCCUUGGGGCGAGGAAUGCUGCACAAAGGAAGCUCUUGGACGAACUGGGCAUUCCUGCUGAAAAUGUGCCUGUUGAUGAAUUCAUUCCUCUGGGUUGAAUGCUGUAUAAGGCACCUUCUGAUGGGAAGUGGGGAGAGCACGAACGUAAUAACUUUUUACCUUGUGACUCAAGCUCUCCUUUUUCUUUGGGAAUUUUAGGUAGAUUCCUAGUGCUGGUUUAGAGUAUCUUGACUUUAUUAGAUAAUUUGACAUCAACUGUAAUUCUUAUGGCGUUUUUAAAUUGUACGUCUUGGAAAUCCAGCAUUCUUAUGGUACUAUUAAUAUGCUGCUUAAGCUCCGUUGAUGCACUCCAACUUGGGAGAAAUGUGGGUGGAAAAUCCUGCAAGAACGACUUUGAUAUUUGGUUCUUGGUGUCAUCGGAGACAUCCCAAUAAAGUCGACAUUUUAGUUCUUGCUA